AUGUCGGCUGUAAAAUCCUCCGUCGCAGCGGCCAUUCGAUUCGUUCUGUCAGUUCACGGUUUGAUCGUCGUGACGGGUCGCAUGGCCUCCGAUGUGCAGUUGAUCCAGGCACGCGUCGUGGACCAGCACAGCCCAAGCUUGCCACCAGACAUAAUAUUUGGAGGACAAGGCAGUGGCACCAAGCGCGCCGAUGUCGUCGGGUGUGUCGACGACGAUGAGGGCGCCGUCAGAUUUGCAAAUCAUUACGCCCGGUCAAACGAUGUCGGCGGUUGCGCGGAUGUCGGCCCGCAUUGUGAGAAAGGGAAUUUCACCAGCAAGCUUCACGAGCUGUGUUGCGCUACGUGCAGUGACGUCGUGAAGGAAAAUCCGCAUCUGCACAAGUGCACAGACCAUUCCUCGUGUUGGAGCGGGGCGUUCUGUUACGAUGGCGUGUGCGACAGCUGCAGCCACUGCGAAUUCUGCUCCGAUGCGGCGUACGCAGACGAGCGUGGGCAUUGUGGGCCAGGGUUUCCUACGCAGGAGUCAGAACCUUGUCAUUCACAGGUUACCUAUGGACCACUCUAUGUCGUGCAUGCGUGGGCCAACCUGUCCUCUGAGGAGGAGCUGGUGCAUCUUGAAAAGAUGUUUGGCGACCUCGACAAGGACGCAUCCUCGACCCUCGACGUGGACGAGCUCAUCGGCACUUUGAUUGGACAGGACCUCGUCGCGCUCGAGGCCGCCAUGGGCACGCUGCACGUCGACCUGGACAGCGUGAAGCUUCCCAGGGGCUCGGUGCAGGAAUUUGUGGAGAAGCACAGCAAGACUGGCUCCGCGUUCCUGACCCUCGGCGAGUGGCUCGGCGCGAGGGUGCCGCCGGCAUCUGAUGGCCGGGCCGUCGCGCCGGUCGCGACGAGCAGCUCGUGUUCUUUGUCGACGAUCGUCUCUGUUUCAAGCACAUGCACCGUCUCGCAGGCCGCGGAGACCUGCGGGUCCGUAUGCGCCAACGCCUGCAACUCCUGCCGGAGGGUGGCAGCGCACCCGAACUCGAGCUCCGUGGCGCGGGCGCCUCAGGAGCUCGAGAAGUGGUGGUGGUAUUAUUAUUACGACGACACGCGCCGUAGGCGUCGUUGGGUUGACGUCAUCACAGAUGUUGUAGAUGAUGUUGUCUGCACAGUGUCUUGUACAUAG